AUGGAGGGAGAUUCUGUCACGCUACACACUGUUACUGAACUUCAGGGAGAUGAAGAGAUUGUGUGGAGGUUUAACAAAACUCGCAUAGCUAGAGUGAUAAUGAACAAUGCUACAUAUGAUGAUGUUGUGAGAUUCCGAAACAGACUGCAGCUGGACAAUCAGACUGGAGAUCUUAAGAUCAAAAACUUCACAGUCCCAGACUCUGGACUUUAUAAGUUUGAGAUCACCAGCCCCAGAGUGUCCUCAGACACGACGUUCAGUGUCAGUGCUGUGAGUACUGGAGUGAAGCCAGUGACAGUGAUGGUGGGAGAUUCAGUCGUUCUACACACUGAUGUUCCUGAUAUACAGAGAUAUGAUGUGAUACGGUGGAGGUUUGGACAGCAGACAUCUCCUAUAGCUGAAAUCAACAGAAAGGCUGGAAUCUUCAACACAUCUGAUGGUCCUGAUGGGAGAUUCAGAGACAGAUUACAGCUGGACAAUCAGACUGGAUCUCUGACAAUCAAGAGCAUUGGAACCAAACACUCUGGACUUUAUGAAGUUGAUACCAGCAGCAGCAAACAGACCAUACACAAGACAUUCAGUGUAACUGUCAGUGAUGCAGUGAAGUCAGUGUUAGUGAAGGAGGGAGAUUCUCUUACUCUGCAGAUUAAUUUGACUAAAAUACAGAACGAUGAUCAGAUACUGUGGAUGUUUGGAGACAUUGUCAUAGCUGAAAUCUAUAAAGCAGCGCAACGGUUUUAUAUAUAUGAUGGUCCUGAUGGGAGAUUCCGAGACAAACUGAAGCUGGACAAUCAGACUGGAUCUCUGUCCAUCACAAACACCUGCGCCACUGACUCUGGACUUUAUGAACAGAAGAUCAGCCGCAGGAGACACACCAUAAACAGGAGAUUCACUGUCAUUGUCACUGCUGUUUCAGGUUCAGGUCUGUCUGCAGCUGCUGUAGCAGGGAUUGGUGUUGUUGAUCUUCUGCUGGUGGCUGUGGCUGUAGUUUCAGUUGCUCUUGUGAUUCACUAUCGCCGCAAGAUCUCUGAACUAGAAAGACUUUCGGGAUCCAGAUCCGCCGAAGCACAUUUGAGAGGAAACAUGAGGACAAAGAUGUUUUUCGUUAGUCUGCUCGUGUUUUCUACAUUCCUCUUGCACGGUGCAUCUGGUGUUGAGACAGAUAGAGUCUCAGUGUCAGUGAUGGAGGGAGAUUCAGUCACUCUACACACUGAUGUUGAAACAAACCAACAAGAAGAGAUUCAUUGGUAUUUUAAUGACACUCGCAUCGCUCAAAUCAGUGGAGAUCUCAGUCAUACCUGUACAGAUGUUCAAUGUGAAGAUGCUGAUGAGAGAUUCAGAGACAGACUGAAGCUGGAUCAUCAGACUGGAUCUCUGACCAUCACAAACCUCAGAACCACAGACUCUGGAGUUUAUGAAUUACAGAUCAUCAGAGGUAGCAAUAGUCCCAAGACCUUCAACGUUACUGUUCAUGGCAUGUCUGGUGCUGGUUCAGAUGGAGUCUCAGAGUCAGUGAUGGAAGGAGAUUCAGUCACUCUACACACUGAUGUUGAAAUAAUCCAAAAAGAAAAGAUUCAUUGGUAUUUUAAUGGCAUUCGCAUCGCUUACAUCAAUGGAGAUCGCCGUUUUAUCUGUACAGAUGUUCAGCGUGAAGAUGCUGAUGAGAGAUUCAGAGACAGACUGAAGCUGGACAAUCAGACUGGAUCUCUGGCCAUCACCAACACCACACCCACAGACUCUGGACUUUAUAAACUAGUGGUCAUCAGCAGCAACAGUGAUAGUGAAAAGAUCUUCAAUACUGUCAUUGAGCGGUUCGGUCCGACCACCGUGAAGGUGUCAGAUUCAAGUUCGGAUCGCUUGCAUGUGAGCUGGAGUCCAGUCCAGCCUGAGCAGGUCCAGCAGUACCGUGUGGAGUAUGGAGAGAUUCCCAGCGGUCUGGUCUGGAAUUUGACCCUGCCUUCAAAUCAUAGCUCCGCCCUCCUCACCCAGCUCCGCCCAGACACCAAGUACCUGAUCACCAUCACUGCCCUGCACUCCUCCGGCCAGCAGAGGGCGAUGUCCAUCCGAGCCUGUACACCAGAUGCACUCCCGGCGCUAACUGACCUGCAGUUGACCACGGUGGGGCGGGGUUUGGUACAGGUUGAGUGGCAGGGACAGGGGGCGGGGCUUCUGGGCUACUGGGUGAGUUGGAAGAAUGAAGAUCAGCCUUUUUCGUCAUCCUCAUCUUCCUCAAUGUACCUGCCGCCAAAUUCACUGUCCACAGAGCUGACGGAGCUGGGCCCUGGCAGCCGCGUGUGUGUGUCGCCAGUGUAUCGCAGUGCGCGCGGGGAGGGGCUCUGCUGCACUGCACGCACAUAA